ACUCAAUAUUAAUAAUGCAAAAACCUUAUGAAUAUCGCAUUUAUUAUAAAGUCACUAUUUAUAAUAUUCGGUCCGCCACCCUAAAUAUUUAUAAUUGGCGAUUGUGUUGAAUAUUUAAAUUAAAUCCCCGAGGAUGCGCAUUAGUUACCGCCUCGCACAUGACCUAGACUGGGAACGACUCUGAUAUAGGAUGUGAUGUCGUUGCCAGUAUCUCAAUAUGAGGCCCUGCUUGCUGAAGUGCGUGACUUGAGAAAAAAGGCUCAACGCGUGCAACAGCUUGCCAGGCCUCUCUACAAUUCACAAUCAACCUUAUCUAAUAAUGAUUUAGAUGAACCUUCCAACAUGGAUUCCUUGUUAGUAGAACGACAAGUGAAUUCACAAACAUCAAAAUAUGACCGUGGUGAUGGUUCGUCCAGUACCGUUACGGAAACGGAGGCGCAAUGUCCACCUGAAGAACAAUACAAGGGUGCCCACAUGUCAGUGAGCAACGAGCCCAUCUCGCACCGCAACAGGUCGUCGUUGUAUCACGGCACGUGGCCCGUCGAAAGGACCACGUGGAACUCCGAACCGACUAGUCUGGGCACUCAGACUUCUACCAUACACAGUGGAAUGGACGUGACGAGUGUGAUGAGUUUCGCGUCCAGUUCUGGGGGAGUGCCCUUGGAGAGGGUGCUGGUCAGUCCCGACACGUCUCGCAGGUCAUCGCAACAACUGGAGGCGAAGAUGGACAUGGUUUAUAGUUUGUUGGCCGUUUUGGGCGGCCAGGAACACGCCGACAUGGGGGAGACCCUCCUUGCCCUCAGUACAAAUUUAGAAAGUUGUCUUGCCAUGCGUCAAUCCGGAUGCAUACCUUUAUUGGUUCAACUGGUGCAAUCGGAAAAAGAUGUGGACACCAAAAAGAAAGCUUCGCAAGCCUUACGCAAUUUGGUUCACUCGCAGCCCGACGAGAAAAUCAGGAAGAGGGAGAUUCGUAUCCUGAAGCUGCUGGAACAAACUGGAUUCUACACAGAUGCACUGCGAUAUAAUACUGAUUAUCUUCCAGAGAAUUCUUCCUCCAAUGAAGAUGGUGACAAACAUCCUGUUCAAAUAAUGACUCAAUUAAUGAAACUUUCAUUUGAUGAGGAUCACAGACAAAUUAUCUGUCAACUAGGAGGGAUUCAUGCCAUUGCUACUUUAGUAGAGACGGAAAACGCAAGGCACGGUAGUACUUCAAGCGAUAGCCAAUGCAUACUUAUGCGUAGAUAUGCAUGUAUGGUACUCACCAACCUCACAUUUGGCGACAGCGGCAACAAAACUCUGCUGUGCUCCUUCCGGGAGUUCAUGCGAGCUCUCGUCGUCCAACUACAAAGCACCAGCGACGAACUCCGACAGGUUACCGCUAGUGUGUUGAGGAACCUGUCUUGGCGUGCGGACUCGACAAGCAAGGACAUCCUCCGUGAAGUGGGCAGCGUUACCGGGCUGAUGAAGUCGGCGAUGCUGGAGAACAAAGAGAACACUCUGAAGUCAAUUUUGUCGGCGUUGUGGAAUUUAUCUGCUCACUGUACCGAAAACAAGUCGGAAAUAUGUGCCGUCGAAGGUGCUCUGGGCUUCCUCGUGGACAUGCUGACCUAUAAAACUUCGACGAAGUCGCUGGUCAUCGUAGAAAACUCGGGCGGCAUUUUACGGAACAUUUCAAGUCAAAUCGCCGUCAGGGACGACUACAGGGAGAUCCUAAGGAAGCACAACUGCUUACAAAUAUUAAUCGACCAAUUGAAGUCGCCUAGCCUGACUAUAGUGAGCAAUGCUUGCGGCGCCUUGUGGAAUUUAUCAGCAAAAUGCGCCGUCGACCAGGAAGCUUUAUGGCAAAUGGGGGCGCCUGCGAUGCUUCGCAGCUUAAACCAUUCCAAACACAAAAUGAUAGCCAUGGGAUCAACUGCUGCCUUAAAGAACCUACUGAGUGCCAGGCCUCAACAAAGCAUAAUUUCGCAAAUGGAUUCGACCGCUCUCAAUCUAGAUUUACCCGUAUUACCGACUUUAGGAGCCAGGAAACAGAAAGCCUUAUUACAAGACUUGGACAAUAAUUUAUCGGAGUUGUUCUCGAACAUUGAAAAGGUGUCCAUUCCAACAAAUGAUUUCAUACAAAAGUCGAGCCAUCACAAAUCACAACACGAUUUCACCACCACCAGGUCGACUAUCGACACAGACGAUUUAACCAACUCUUUCGUCAGUCUGAACAUAAACGAGCCAUCCACCAGUUAUGCUAUACCACAGUCUGAUUCUAGAAUACCUCAGAGUUACGGCAGCACCAGUCUGCCGUACAUGACGAAUUCCAUACAGACAAGAGUACCGUCUACUUCAUCCACCUUCAUUCCCGUCGUGAGAAACAACUUCUCCGACUGUGCCUACGAGAAUGAAAUUGAUGCGUCCGAUCAACCAAUAGAUUACAGCCAGAAAUACUCCGAAACAAACGUUAUAAAAGCCGAGCCGGAUGAAACAGAACCGGACGACGAGGAUUCUUUCAUUUAUAACAACAAAUCUAAAAGUGACGAAGAAAGUUUCGGAAUUUAUGCGGAGACGGACUUAGACCAACCGACUGAUUAUUCGUUAAGAUAUGCCGAGGACGACUCAGACUCGGAUCAAUGUAAGAAAUCUCCCAAAGACGUCCCCACUGCUUUCAUACAUGACACUGUAAAGACGUAUUGUACUGAAGAUACGCCCUACGAGACGCCAUUCAACUUCUCCACCGCCACUUCCAUGUCCGAUCUCAGAAUGGAAGAGAAACCUGUGGUCGACAACGACAAGUCAACGAUCGAUGUGCCCCAAAGUAAGGAAAACAAAAAUGAAGACGAAAAAGAGCGUUGUUCCAACGAGGACAUAUCCGGACUAGAAAAUCUCCCUAAAUCCUGCGAUAAGAUACCCAAGUCCGAGUUCAGUUCGGGAUUACUGUCACCCGAGAAACCGAUAAACUACUGCGAAGAAGGGACCCCUGGUUACUUCUCCCGAGUGAGCAGUUUCGGCUCUUUAAACUCCAUUCCUGCUAACGAAACUCUAAAGGACGAGGUUAAGGAAGAGGCGUACAUGGAGCCGGAAGUCGAAGAAAAGACCGUUGAGAAACAGGUAAAGAAUUCUACAGAAGUGAAGGUGGUCAAAUUCGAACAAACCGUCAACUAUGCGGAACAAACGCCCUUGAUGUUCAGUCGUUCAAGUUCUUUGGAAUCCUUAGGCAGUAUUGAACAACAUUCGAUACACGACGACAGAAGUUCUGUGGUUUCCGAUUUGAGCCGACUUACUAGUGGAAUAGUGUCGCCCAGUGAAUUACCGGAUUCGCCCACACAAACGGUGCCACCAAGCCCUAAACCAAGGAAAGUGUCACCGGAGUUUCCUUUCAAUUCUAAGUCUAGACCGGGGGGAGACAUGCGACCCCAACCAGUCCCAAGAAAUAUUUCGAAACCUAGCGUUUUUGAAGAUCAUUGCACUAAGUUUAAGGAGGAAAGCACUCCUGUUCAAUUCUCAACUGCGACAAGCCUGAGCAGUCUUACCAUCGAUGACCAAGAUGAACUGACUACGAAGCCGGUAAUUGAAUGCCCAAUAUUAAACGUCGAAGAGUCUGCAGUGAAACCAGAACAAAACGAAAACAAAGACGUGGAAAAAGAGUCUAACAUACCGGACGUAAAUGAUGAGUUGACCCAGGAGUCUGAGGACGAUGAGGAUAUUUUAGCUGCUUGCAUCUAUAUCGGGAUGCAAAACAACAGAUAUAAUAAUGUGAAUUCUUCGUCGUCAACUCUCAGCAAAUUGCCAAUUUAUAGCCACACAUAUCAGAACAAACCACAUUCCAGUGAGACACUCCUGCCAAAAUCCAUGACCAGACUUGCCCCAGUAGGUCUUACCACUGAUGACCAAGACGAAUUGACUUCGCAGCCGGCAAUAGAAAACAUAAUAUCUAAUGUCAACGAGUCUGCAGUGAAAGCAGAACAAAACGAAAAAAAGGACGUGGAAAAAAAGUCCAAUAUAUCGGACGUAAAUGAUGAGUUGGUGCAGGAGUCUGAGGACGACGAGGAUAUUUUAGCUGCAUGUAUCUAUCUUGGAAUGCAAAACAAUAGAUAUAAUAAUGUGAAUUCUUCGUCGCCAACUCCAAGCAAAUUGCCAAUUUAUGGUUAUAAAUAUCAGAACAAAUUACAAUCCAGUGAGUCACUCAUGCUAGAAUCCAUGACUAGAGUAGCGCCAGUAGGUCAUUCAAGUUCACCCAACAUUGACACACAAACAAACAGUCUUAGUAUCGAUGACCAAGACGAACUGUCUUCGCAGCUCACAAUAUCAAAACUGAAUGAGUCUGCACUGAAACCAGAACAAAACGAAAAAAAAGACGAGGAAAAAGAGUCCAACUUAUCGGUCUUAAAUGACGAGUUGGCGGCUCAGGAGUCUGAGAACGAUGAGGAUAUUUUAGCUGCAUGUAUCCAUAUUGGAAUGCAAAACAACAGAUACAAUUCUUCCUCGUCAACUCCAAGCAAAUUGCCAAUUUAUAGGUACAAAUACCAGAACAAACCACAAUCCAGUGGAAUACCCUUGCCAAAAUCCAUGACCAGAGUUGCCCCAGUAGGUCAUUCAAGUCCACCCCCCAUUGACACAGUAAAAACAUAUUACACAGAAGAUACGCCCGCAAUUUUAAGCCAUGCCGGUUCUAAUUCUGAUUUGAGCAACCUAUCUUUUCCCACUAAUGACAAUAAAAGUAAAAAAGAUUAUCUGUCAGAUGAUAGUAGUAGUUUAUCUGGAGACAAUGACCUACUUGCUGAGUGCAUCCAGUUGGGUAUGCCAAAAUAUGUUAAUCCCGUUGGAAAAAGAAAAACCACUUGUUUACCAAGAAGAAGCCCUCCAUUAAAAUAUGAUUCAAAUGAGAAUAUACGUAUUGUAACAGGAGAAAGCAGCAAACUACAAAAAGACAACAGAAGGCCUAAUGUGGCACUACAUGGGUAUAUGUCAGCCAAAGAGGAAUUGGAAAGUUACAGGGUAGGAAACAGUUCAACUCAGUUUUGCUUGAGGUCUAGUCUAGGCGAUUUGACCAUCAAUGGAAGUGUGGCAGGAUUAACUCGGCAGGGAGGAUUUGAGAACAAUGAAUUUGAGAGCAACAAUCAACCUUGUCUACUUACGAGUGGGAACUCAGAGGAACCCCUUAAUAUUUCGAACGAACACAAUGUGGGCGUUGGAGACCGCGAAUCGUUGUCCUCAAUCAGUGUCGAAUCGUUAGAGUCCCUGGAGGCGGAACAAGCCCUUUUGGAACAGUGUAUAUUGUUAGGCAUGCGAAAGAUCACUGCGGCCUCCACUUUGACGGCCACCAAACCAUUAGAGAGCAAACCGGUGGGCAUAGCUACCAAACAGUUUUCGCGGCAGACUACCGGCGACGAUGGAUUGAGGACAUCGACGGGGACGUCGCCCGUCGACGAAAGGCACAAGCAAAAAUGCGAAUGUUGUGCUAACAAAAACAGUCAGCGCGGCCACCACAGCGGAAGCAGACGUAGAAGAAAGUCACGGACACGGGAUAACCGACCACAGGUGUCUCAGUCCGGUCGCGACCCCGGCAAAUACAUCCCGGGACAAAUACUUGCCUAUCGAAGAGAUGAACUAGACAUAUCAAAAGAAGAGUGGAUUUAAUUCUUGGAUGGCAUAUAUAGAUGAUAAAAGUUGUGGCUUCAUCCGAAAGACUGUCGAUAACAGAAUGCUGGAUCUGGAUCCUACAAUUGACUAUUUCGACUGAUUCCAGUGAUGGCUUCUCAGAUCAUACAGGUGAGGUAGUUCCUCACCUAUGAAAAUGAUUUUAUUGACAUACUGUCAAUAUUAAAAAAUUCAUUUUUUAAGUUUUUUAUUUUAAAAAAUAGAAUAUAUCUUGCGGAUUAAAUUUACGUGAGAAAAGUGCUGAUUAUACGAAUUGUAUGUUGUUAAUAGUGUAAAUAAAAAUAAAAUAUUGUUUUUGUUUUCUAUAA